AUGGUGAUCUCCCUGCAGAACACCACCGCGACCAGCCGCUACCUGAGAGUCCUUCCACCUUCUACUCCGUACUUCUCUCUGGGAUUGGGGAUGUUCCCAGGAAAAGGUGGAAUGGUGGCUCCUGGAAUGACUUGCCAGUACGUCGUCCAGUUUUUGCCAGACUGCCUUGGGGAUUUUGAUGAUUAUAUUUUAGUCGAGACCCAGUCAGCCCACACACUUGUGAUCCCUCUCCAGGCCCGGAGGCCACCCCCAGUGCUGACUCUGUCCUCCGUGUUGGACUGUGGUUACUGCCUCGUUGGGGGAGUGAAAGUGACCAGAUUCCUCUGCAGAAAUGUGGGCUUCAGUGUCGGCAAGUUCUGUAUCAUGCCUAAAAAGAGCUGGCCGCCGUCGAGUUUCAGGGCUGUUGCAACCAUUGGCUUUGUUGAGCAACCUCCCUUUGGGAUCCUGCCUUCGGUGUUUGAGCUGGCUCCAGGGCAGGCCAUGUUAGUGGAGGUCUUGUUCCUCCCAACAACCCUCGGGGAGGCAGAGCAGACCUUCAUCAUCGUGUGCGACAACUGCCAGAUAAAGGAGCUGGUGAUCUCAGGAGUUGGGCAGCUGGUUGCUUUGGAUCUGAUCUACAUUUCUGGUGAAAAAAGCGAGCCAGAGCCUGGAGAGCUCACAGACUUAACAGCCCAGUACUUCAUACGGUUUGAGCCCGAAAACCUUCAGUCCACGGCGAGGAGACAGCUGAUUAUUAGAAAUGCUACGCACGUGGAGCUGGCCUUCCACUGGCAGAUCAUGAAGCCCAACCUGCAGCCUCUAAUGCCCGGAGAAACCUACAGCAUGGACAGCAUCAAGUGCCACCCUGACAGGGAGACGGCCUUCUCCAUCUCACCCGAGAGCGGAGUUCUCUGCCCCCACACGGACCACGAGUUCAUCCUGGGCUUUUCUCCUCACGAGCUGAGGGAUUUUCACAGUGUGCUCCAGAUGGUGCUAGAGGGAGUCCCAGAGCCCGUGAGUUCAGACCUGGAAAACCAGAAAGACCUGUCAUACUCUGUGGAUGAUGUGAUCGUCCUGGAAAUCGAGGCAAAAGGCUCAGUAGAACCUUUCCAGGUUCUCUUAGAACCGUAUGCUCUCAUCAUCCCUGGGGAGAACUACAUUGGCAUAAAUGUGAAGAAAGAUUUUAAGAUGUGGAACAACAGCAAGUCACCCAUCACAUACAUGUGGGGGAAGAUCAGUGACUGCCACAUCAUCGAAGUGGAGCCCUGCACAGGGACCAUAGAAUCCAACGAAGUUGAGGAUUUCGAGUUGAAGUUUACCGGGGGUGUCCCCGGCCCAGUAAGCCAGGACCUGCUGUGUGAAAUCAGAGAUUCACCCUCGCCGGUGGUGUUACACAUUGAGGCAGCCUUCAAGGGGCCUGUCCUCGUCAUCGACGUCUCAGCCCUUCAGUUUGGUUUGCUGCUCCUGGGACAGAAAGCCACAAACACCAUCCAGAUCCAGAACAUCAGUCCGCUCCCAGCCAUGUGGUGCAUGAAAGAGAGUCCAGUCUGCCUCCAAGAGAGGCAUGAGGGUGUGUCUCCUUUCGAUAUUGAGCCCUCGAGCGGCCAGGUUCACCCUCUGGGAGAGUGCAGAGUGAACAUCACCUUGGAGGCCAUGCAGUGCCAGCGUCUGUCCACCGUUCUGGUGCUGGAGGUGGUAGACGGGGCCUGGAGCUACCUCCCUGUGUAUGCCGAGGUGCAGAAGCCCCACGUGUAUCUGAAGAGCAGCCAAGUGGAGGUCAGCAACCUCUACCUGGGCGUACCCAGGAAGGCAAACAUCACGCUCAUCAACGGCACACUCCUGCCCACCCAGUUCCAGUGGGGCGAGCUCCUGGGACACCAAGCAAGCUUCUGCACAGCAAAGGUCUCCCCCAGAAGUGCCACACUGGGCCCCAGUGAGGAGCUCCAGCUUAGUCUGGAGUUGACUACUCAUACCCAGGAAGAGCUGACGGAUCUGGCACUCCCUUGUACUGUGUCAGGCAUGAAGGAACCACUGGUUCUGGGCAUUUCUGGGAAACCCCAGGGACUGCAAGUGGACAUCACCAUCUCUACAGAGGGCACUGAUAGGGAGGAGCUCCACCUGGACUUCGGCUCGACAGUGCCACUGAGGACCUGCGUGAAUCGCCAGCUCAUCUUGACCAAUCGCUCCCCAAUCCAGACCCCUUUCACCCUCAAGUUUGAGUUCUUUGGGAGUUCUCCAAACAGCCUGAGCCAAAAACCCAGCCUCCCCGAUAUCUCUCCCGCCCUGCUGAAGACAGCGCGGAUUCGCAAGAAGUUGGCCAAGAAAGAGCAGCUGGAUUUUAUGGAAAACAUGUUGUCUCAUGGGAAAGGAGCUGCCUUCUUUCCCCACAUUUCCCAGGGCAUGCUGGGAGCCCACCAGCAGCUACCCAUCGACAUCACAGGCUGUGCGAACAUGUGGGGCGAGUACUGGGACAACCUCAUCUGCACGGUGGGAGACCUGCCACCAUCUGUCAUCCCAGUGCACAUGGCAGUGGUAGGCUGCCCCGUCAGCUCUCUGAGGACCAACUACACCACUGACCAGUUCCAGAAGGAGCCUGUCAUCAGGUUCAGCACCCAGGUCUCUGGAGGAGAUACAGUUACCCGGGUCCUUCGCCUGAAUAACUCCAGCCCCUGUGACAUCCGCCUGGACUGGGAGACCUAUAUUCCUGAAGACAGGGAGGACCGGCUGGUGGAGCUUCUGGUAUUUUAUGGGCCACCUUUCCCGCUGCCGGACCAAGACGGAAACAACCUCUUGUGCCCUGAGACCCCCGAGAGCAGCAUCUCCUUCUUGUCUUCAAGUCUCUCUAACGAAUCUGAGUCCAGCCAUGAAGCUGCUCAGGCUGCCGAGAGCAGCUGUAGUAACCCACAGAUCAUCUCGGUCGUUCUGCAGGGGCACGAAGGAGAGCCCUCUGACCAUCUGUACCGUGUCAGGCCCAAGCAGGUGGUGGUCCCUGCAGGGGGCAGCAGCACCAUCUCCAUCUCCUUCACACCGGUGGUCCUUGGCCCCAGUAUCCUGCACAAGGUGGAGUGUACUGGCUAUGCCCUGGGCUUCAUGAGCUUAGACAACAAGGUGGAAAGGGAGCUUCCAGGGAGGAGGCGGCGCCUGCAAGGCUUCGACGUCCAGCCCCUGAGGCUGGACCUGCAUAGCUACGUGAGGCCUGCACAGCUAAGUAUGGAGCUGGACUACGGAGGUGGCAUGGAAUUCUGGCUCCAGGCCAGUGACCUCAUCCCCGAGCAGCCGUGUUCUGGGGUGCUGAGUGAGCUGGUGACUACCCACCACCUGAAGCUGACCAACACCACGGAAAUCCCACACUAUUUCCGGCUCCUGGUCUCUAGGCCUUUCUCCGUUUCUCAAGAUGGAGCUAGCUGCAGCCACAGGGCUCCUGGCCCAGGCCGGGAGCAGCAGUGUGAGGAGGAGUGGGCAGCAGUGGGCAGGCAGCUGGUGCUCCGCCCGCAGGAGAACAUGCUGGUGGUGCCCCUGCGGGCCACUGUGGCCGUGCCCGAGCUGCAGCUCUCCACUAGCUGGGUGGACUUUGGGACCUGCUUUGUGAACGAGGGGCGGGUCCGGGAGGUGUACCUGAUGAACCUGAGCAGCUGCCGGAGCUACUGGACUGUGCUGAUGGGCCAGCAGGAGCCAGACAAGGACCCUGUGGCCUUCGGGGUCUCCCCAAGCAGUGGAGUGCUGGAGGCGCGACCGGUCAAUGCACCCCCAACCUCUGUUACCCUGCAGAUUCUCUUCACUGCCAGGAGCAGGGAGCUGUACGAGUCCACGCUGGUAGUGGAAGGUGUGCUGGGUGAGAAGGCCUGCACCCUGCGGCUCCGUGGCCAAGGCUCUUAUGACGAGAGAUAUGUGUCACUGUACCACCUCUGAGGCUCUGCCUCGGCCUCCCAGCUUUGGAAAUAAACAUGGCCUAGAGCUAAAGAAUCAUGGCACACACUGGAGGACCUGUGAGCCGCUCCUGGGAUGGGGGAUCCCCCGCUUCCAGGGCACUGGUCUCAACCUGGGCCCUGCAUGUGAUGGCCUCAGAGCUAAUAUAAAGGACAAGUCACACUACCGUGAAGACCAUGGCAAUU